GGGGAGAGGAAGAGUGGUAGGGGGAGGAAGAGAGAGAGGAAGAGUUUCCAAACUUGUCUCCAGUGACAGGAGACAUUUACGCCCCACAAGAUAAAACUGCCACUUAGAGCCCAGGAGAGCUAAACCUUCCUGGCUUGGCCUAGGGGCUUGAGCGGAGUCAUGGGCUCUCCAGUCCUGACACUGUGUGCUCUUCUCUGCCUGGUGGCUCACUUGGUUUCUGGCAGCCCCAUCAUGAGCCUAGACCAGUCUCCUCUAGAAGAAGAUAUGCCCCUUUUUGAUGAUGUUUUCUCAGAGCAAGAUGGUGUUGACUUUAGCACAUUGCUCCAGAGCAUGAAGAAUGAGUUUCUCAAGACAUUGAACCUGUCUGACAUCCCCACAGAGGAUUCAGCCAAGGUAGACCCACCAGAGUACAUGCUGGAACUCUAUAACAAAUUUGCCACAGAUCGAACCUCCAUGCCCUCUGCCAACAUCAUUAGGAGUUUCAAGAAUGAAGAUCUGUUUUCCCAACCAGCCAGUUUUAAUGGGCUCCGAAAAUAUCCUCUCCUCUUCAAUGUGUCCAUUCCUCACCAUGAAGAGGUCAUCAUGGCUGAACUUAGGCUGUACACACUGGUGCAAAGGGAUCGUAUGAUAUACAAUGUUGUAGACCAAAGAAUUACCAUCUUUGAAGUGCUGGAGAGCAAAGGGGAUAAUGAGGGAGAUAGAAACAUGCUGGUCUUGGUGUCAGAGGAGAUCUAUGGAACCAACAGUGAGUGGGAGACUUUUGAUGUCACAGAUGCUAUCAGAGGUUGGCAAAAGUCAGGCUCAUCCACCCACCAACUGGAGGUCCGCAUUGAGAGCAAACACGGUGAAGCUGAGGAUGCCAGCAAUGGACGACUGGAAAUAGACACCAGUGCCCAGAAUAAGCAUAACCCUUUGCUCAUCGUGUUUUCUGAUGACCAAAGCAGUGACAAGGAGAGGAAAGAGGAACUGAAUGAAAUGAUUUCCCAUGAGCAACUUCAAGAGCUGGACAACUUGGGUGUGGAUGACUAUUCCAGUGAACCUGGGGAAGAGGCUUUGUUGCAGAUGAGAUCUAACAUCAUCUACGACUCCACUGCCCGAAUCAGAAGGAACGCCAAAGGGAACUACUGCAAGAGAACCCCGCUCUACAUUGACUUUAAGGAGAUCGGGUGGGACUCCUGGAUCAUUGCUCCGCCCGGAUAUGAAGCCUAUGAAUGUCGUGGUGUUUGUAACUACCCCCUGGCAGAGCAUCUCACACCCACAAAGCAUGCAAUUAUCCAGGCCUUGGUCCAUCUCAAGAAUUCCCAGAAAGCUUCCAAAGUCUGCUGUGUGCCCACAAAGCUAGAGCCCAUCUCCAUCCUCUAUUUAGACAAAGGCGUCGUCACCUACAAGUUUAAAUACGAAGGCAUGGUCGUCUCUGAAUGUGGCUGUAGAUAGAAGAGGAAUCCUGUGGCUUAUUUAAUAACUGUAAAUGUGUAUAUUUGGUGUUCCUAUUUAAUAAGAUUAUUUAAUAAGGGUGUACAGUACUAGAGGCUUGCUGUCUUCCAGAAAUGGACAGGUCAGUUUAUUGUAGGAAAUGCAUGUUUU